CUCGCCAUGGCCGCCAAGAAGCUGAUCGUGGUGUUCGGAGCCACCGGGGCGCAGGGCGGCUCGGUGGCGCGGGCGCUGCUGGAGGACGGCGCGUUCGUGGUGCGCGCGGUGACCCGCAGCCCCGGCAGGAAGGAGGCGGUGGAGCUGCGGCGACGGGGCGCACAGCUGGUGCGGGCGGACCAGGACGAUGAGCGGACUCUGGAGGAAGCCCUGGAGGGCGCGUACGGAGCCUUCGUGGUGACCAACUUCUGGGAGCACUGCAGCAAGGAGAAGGAAAUCGCGCAGGGGAAGCGUCUUGCUGACCUGUCGAAGCGCCUGGGUUUGCAGCACAUGGUGUACAGCGGCCUGGAGAACGUGAAGCAGCUGACCAAGGGCCACCUGGAGGUGCUCCACUUCGAUGGCAAAGGAGUGGUGGAGGAAUAUUUCCGUGCAGUCAAUGUGCCCACCACGACCGUCCGACUGCCGUUCUACUUUGAGAAUUUCCUCUCCAGCUUCAAACCCCAGAAGGCCCCGCAGGGAGACAAGUUUUUACUGGGACUGCCCAUGGGGGACACCCCCAUGGAUGGGAUGGCGGUGGAGGAUUUGGGGCCCAUUGUGCUCAGCCUGCUGAAGUCCCCAGAGCAGUACAUAGGCCAAGUGAUCGGGCUCAGCACUGGCAAGCUCACUGUGGCGGAGUAUGCUGCUGCCUUCUCCCAGCAGACAGGCAAGACCGUGGAAGACUCCAAGAUCACCCCAGAGGAGUACGAGAAACUUGGCUUCCCUGGAGCGAAGGAGCUGGCUGAAAUGUUCCGUUUCUAUGCCCUGAAGCCAGACCGCAAUGUGGAGCUGACCAUGAAACUCAACCCCAAGGCCCGCACCUUCCAGCAGUGGCUGGCAGACAACAAGGCUGCUUUCUGACCUUUUGUUCUCCAUAGCAGGAUCCUGGCCGUGAGCCAUGCAGCUGACUCAGUGCUUGGGGGCUGCCCCAUAGGAGCAGCGUGCUGUUGGGGAGGUGGGAAGAGCUGUGCUGCACCUGUAGCCACCCUGCUUGGUGGAGACUGCUUCCAGACAGGUGGGAGAAGCACUACUUUACACACUAUCUUCAGGGAGGUGCUCAGUGAUUUGGGGUGUUUUCCUGUCUAUGGGGUGGUGGCUUAAUUUCUCAGGAUCACUUUUCCUAGGCAGCUCUA